AUGUCGCCUCCGCUGCCAUGUCUUUCAGUCCCAAAGGCACUGAAUGUACCAGGUUCAAAAGCGUCUUCGCGCAAUCCUUCACUGCGUCCCGGCUCACGCCCCGGCUCACGUGCCGGCUCACGUGCCGGCUCACGUCGGGGCAGCGCUCAGCCCUCCAAAGACAAAGAAGCCAGAGCCUUCGAGGCUGCAUUGCAAGUCUUUCAGAACUUGCCAUGCAGUAUAGAUGACGAUGCCCCGCCGGAGCACGUGAUCAUCCAAGACUUUUUUGAUGACAAUGGUGUUGGAUUUGUGGACACGCCCAACAACUGGGCCCUUCUGGCAGCUCUCGGCCGUCCACUCUCAAGGAGCGAGAGGUCGGACCAGAAGCAUGGCUCCUUGUCGACGCGGCAGCAACUAAUGAACUCCCAGGCAGCCCUGGAGAGUGCAAGAAAUCGGGCGCAUGACCAGAGAAAGGCAAGCUUGCAGACUCAGAAAACCGUCAACAUGAGAGCGGUCGACAUCCAGUCCUUGCGACACUUCCACCUGUUUUUCCUCCCCCUCGGCUACGUUCCCAGUUCGCCAGUCUUCAAGCAUCACUUGAACAUUCCCUACAUCGAGGACAUGAGGGUCGAGGAGCAAACUGAUGCUUCGGAUCUGGAAAACCAAAACCUCACUACGAAAGGUCCCGGGUCUGCCAUGACGAACGAGCAGAGAGCCAUGCUGUUUACCGUCUUCCGGAAGUCCAUCAAGAAGGUGAUAGCCAAGGGAGCGAAGGCAGCACUGAUGAACAGAUGGACGUGGUUUCGAUUCUUGAUUCACUGUGACUUGAUCGGGCCGGAUGAUUCUUGGGAUCACUUCACUGCGGAGCAGAUGAAGGUACCCUGGAUGUUGGCGGGAAAGAUUUUCAAGCUCUUCCAAGAAGCCAACUCGAGCCCACCUGCCCUUUCAUUCGGCAGCUGGGCAAAUGCACUCCAGGCCGUGCUGCGCUCUCGUGGCAUGUAUUCAAAGGGUCCCGAGAUCGUGGAGGCGAUUUUCAAAACGUUUCUGCCUCGUGCGCAAGAGCAGCUGGGAAUCACAGAUGAUGACGCGCGAAAGCAGAUGGCCAGCACAAUGGCAGGUGAGCGGAAGAAGUCCAUGGGAGCAGGCGCCUUUGGCAGCCACUCCGGUCAACGCGCCAUGUCGCGAGCAAUGUCCAGGAACAUGUCACGGAGUGCUUCGCGGGCAUUGAGUUUUUUCAGCGGCGCUGGAUCUACCGUCGGUGAUGAAAUGGAUGACGAGGGCGAGCCUGAAGGUACCAAGCUGCCGUUGAGCUGGCAGAUGAAUUUGGCUGAACAGCAGAUAUGCGAGCCAGAGUGCUUGCAGCUGCUACACGAGUACAAGGCAUUGUUGGAGGCGCUUUUCCAGCAUUACACCAGCGAGACGUCAUUCAGUGAGGAGUCCGAGGUGCUGAUGGAUCAGGAUCGCUUCCAGAGGUUCCUAAGGGACCUGAACUUCCUCCCAGACUUUGUGCAGAUUUUCGCCCUCGCGCGCCACGUGGAGGCCUGCGAGGCGAGGUACGGCCAAGAGUCUUUGAGCUUCAAUGGCUUUGUGGAGAUCCUUUGCCGCUUGUGUUUUUGCCAUUUGAAUAUCUAUGGCAACAACUUACAGCAGCUGGCACCCUCCAAGCACAAGAUGCUGUGGGUGCUUGCCAUGCUGGAAGCCCGACUGCCCCCGGAGCUUGGGGGGCGAACGGACGAAGCCGAAGGCUCCGAUCCUUUCGCAGAUCCCUCACCAAGGGGCCCGGACUCUCUCUGGCAUCGCCGCAAUGAGUCCUUCGACGUCUCCUCCUGCCCGCAGGAGGAUCUUGUCUUCUUCAAAACCAUGGGAGCGACAAAGUCGGAUGGCAAGCUGGGCGGCUUUCAGAGGCUGUUGAGCUACGAUGUGGAGGAUCAGGCUGCUCGCGGCUUUCGACGGUGA